AUGAUUGAAGGUAGGCUAAUCCGCGAUUUAACCUUACCCAUAGCGGACACCAUACUGUUGGUCUCGCGAAUUUUAUAUUAAAGAAAACCCGUGAUUUAUCAUUUGAUCCAGCCUUUGGACCUUUUUUAUUAACCGUUUGUAUACUCAAGCGACAUGUUUAGAAAUGGAGGUGUACGUAAUGCUACCCAUUACGUGGCAAAGAACGUUUUGAGAAAAGACAGAAAGCCACUGACGGAUUCUUAAGGGCGAUGGGACAUAUAGAAGGCUGUCUACCGCGAUAAUAUUUCCUUUCAGACAAAUGGAGUAAAUGUUGUGCAUAUUGAUUGCUAGUGUUAAAUCUUUUAUGUGUUAUACUCAUCUAAUUAUAUUGACUAGUCCAAUAAAACAAUAAACGUAGCACACUGAGGAUUCAAAAUGUUGCCAUCUAGACAUUUAAAGAGACUGACGAUUAGACUUGGAGCGGUGGUAUUGUUAAUUUGGACAGUGUCAUUAACGUUGAACCACUGGAGUAAAAAAGAGGAUACGGAUAAUUAUCGUGUGAAAGAAAUGGAUAUCAAAGAUGGACAUCUAGCAAAAAUUCAGGAGAAUUUAAAUAGAUUAAAACAAUCUAAUGAUGAGGAGCGACUAAUACAAAGAGAUAUUGCGGAAAGGGCUAAUUUUGGUAAUGAUAAGUUGGAAGCUCCACCGAAGCGAAUGAUUGAACAUAAUAAAGAUAGUGCAAUAGUAAAAACUGUCAAUAUUAUGCGGAACAAUGACCUGAAAGACACCUUACUAGAGAGGAGAGAAAACGAAAACGUUCCGCGGAAUAUAGAUGCUGAUAAGAAUGAACACCCUGAUGGAAAGAAGGAAGACAAACAAGAAGACGUCGCGCAGAUCGGAGCUCCCGUGCCCAGGCGUGAAGGAGCAGAGCAAAAAGAUGGUCCAGGUGAAGGAGGGAAACCCGUGUAUAUAGAUAAAGAAAAAUUGACCAAGGAGCAGAGAGACGACUUUGACAAAGGCUAUCAGGACAAUGCUUUCAAUCGCUAUGCCAGCGACAUGAUAUCACUGCAUCGGUCACUUCCAGAUCUUAGGGAAACUGAAUGUAAGAAAAUACAAUAUGGCAACCAUCUUCCAAGCGCAUGCGUGAUCAUCAUAUUUCACAACGAGGCUUGGAGCGUGCUGCUAAGGACAAUCCACAGUGUGCUCGACAGAUCGGAUCCCACACAACUGAAAGAAAUUAUUGUGGUGGACGACUUUUCUGAUUUUGAUCAUUUAAAACAGCCACUACAAGAAUACAUCGACAAACAGGACAAAGUGUCCCUUCUGCGCGCGCACGAGCGGAUCGGGCUUAUCAGGGCCCGAUUGAUGGGUUUUGAGAAAUGCACUGCCGAUGUUGCAAUAUUCUUGGACUCGCAUUGCGAGGCCACCGAAGGCUGGCUUCCGCCUCUGCUGUCAAGGAUACACGAGAACGAGACGAACGUGCUGGUACCCGUCAUUGACGUCAUAGAUCUGGACACGUUUGGGUACCAGGGGCAAGUAAACACCGACAUCAAAUCAGUUUAUGUCGGGGGAUUUGACUGGGGUUUGUUGUUCAACUGGCAUCCGAUACCUCAGGAGGAGCUCAAACGGAUUGAAUAUAAAACUUAUCUUCCAGUAAGAUCCCCGACAAUGGCGGGUGGGCUUUUUGCAAUCAGCAGCAAGUUCUUCCGAAAGUUGGGCACAUACGACAGCGGGUUUGACAUCUGGGGCGGGGAGAACCUCGAACUCUCGUUCAAAACGUGGAUGUGCGGUGGAACCCUCGAGACUAUACCCUGCUCACGUGUAGGGCACGUGUUCCGGAAACGCAGUCCAUAUAAAUGGGACGUUAAGGGCGGCAAUGUUCUGAGGCGAAAUCUGGUGCGUCUUGCAGAGGUCUGGCUGGAUGAUUACAAGGAAUAUUACUUGCAGCGAAUAAACUAUGAUAAGGGUGAUUACGGAGACGUCAGUGAUCGUAAAGCUUUAAGGGAAUCUCUACACUGCAAAAGUUUCCAGUGGUACCUUGAUAAUAUAUUUCCUGAAUUGUUUGUUCCCGGAGAGGCUCUAGCGUCCGGCGAGAUCCGGAACGUUGAUCGGUCUAUGUGCAUCGACGCCAGUACAAACAUCAAAGACAACGAGGGGGUGGUCUCCGUGUAUCCUUGUCAUCAGCAGGGCGGGAACCAGUUUUGGCUACUAAGUAAAGAGGGUGAGUUCAGAAGAGACGACACGUGUUGGGACACCCCGGACGGGGCCAAGGUAAAAUUAUACCCGUGCCACUCUUCCAAGGGCAACCAACUCUUCGAAUACAGAGAGGACGACACAAUCUACAGUCCAACGGCGAAGAAAUGCGUUGAGAUCACGUGGGACGCCAAGGGGCUCCAAAUGGCACCAUGCACCGGAAACGACCGCCAGAAAUGGAAGAUGACGAGAAAACCACCGAAAGGACCUGGUCAUGAAAAGAAAACGUCAAAAUAACCAUACGUCAGAACACGUUGCUGUGUAUAAAAAGGACGCUUCAAACGGAGCUUGUAAAAAGUACUAUAAAAUAUGUGCAUGUUUUAAAAAAAACAAAUUUGCGACUGGAACUUGAUACGAAACACAGGCAAUUAUCUUACUAACGAAGACGUUUUCGGUAUGUUUUACACAACCAGUGCGAUUAGCAUUUUAUAAGAAAUAUGAGAAAUAAGAGAAACAUAUCAUCGUUAAACAUGUCUAAAACGUUGUAGAUCUUCAAUGGUGUAUGUUGUGUGAAAUGAAAUAUUGACAAUUACGCGUAUUUGUGUGUUAUAUAAUACAGACGUUACACAUAUCAUUAGUAUUUGAUAACAAAUAUUACAUGUAUAAAUUAAUAUAGUUAUUUUGAUAUGUAAUGCAUCAACAGUGCAAUUAGCAUUUGAUAAUACAUUUUCGAUGUAGAAACACUAUGGAAACAAAUAGUUGGUGUGUGUUAUGCAAUAGUGUGAUUGGCAUGUCAUUAGAAAUGUUUGCCGUCCAAAUAAAUAGAAAACAAAACAA